GAGGGGGGCGGCCUCGCACCAGGCCCCGCGCCCCGCAGCCGCCCCGCUCCUGCCCUCACCAAACAUGGCAGCCCCGCUGCGCCCCGCCACCCCGCUGCCAGGCGGAAGGAGCGCGGCUGGCGUCACCGUGACCUUCCGGCGUCGCCGCCUCGGAAGCACUUACUUGUUCGAAUAGUGGCGGGUUCUCUCCCUUGGAGUUCAAUAACCAUGGGGCCGUUGAAAAGUGAAGAAGAGCAGAGCAUAAUCCUGAUCAGUGAUGAUGAAGCUGAGAACACUCAUGGGAGUUCAGUUUUGUUAGUAGACCCACAGGAGAAGUCUGUCCUGGAAGAGAAGAGAUCUGAAGAAGUUGUGGAUGAGGAAUGUGAACUAAUAGUUACUUUCAGUAAACAAGCAUACGUGAUGCCUCAUGCAAGAUAUGACUGUACAAUACAUCCGUUUGAGCGAACAGAAUGCGAUACAUGCUCACCCCUUGGAAAAAAUGCUGAUAUUUGUAAUCAAUGCUACUGCUACGUUUGUGAUAAACUAGCUUCUGAGUGCCAGAAUUGGACAACCCUUUCGCUCUGUCACUGCAAUGCACACAACAAAAGCAAAUUCUGGAAGGACAAGCGUGACUUUGCCUUGGCUGGUGUUCUUGUAAUGUUCAAUUUGGAGCUCACAGAUAUAGAUGCAGACCUUCGUCAUGGUGGAAGUCUUCUAAUAAAAUUCAUCCAGGACCUUUCUGUGGAAUAUAGUAAGUAUCUGGUUGGAGAAAGAACACCUCCCACACAACAGGAAUGCUUUUGCCUCACAAAGUUGCCUCCUGGGCGAUGCAACAUCUGCAGAUCACGCAACAUGGAGGUUGUAUACAGGUAUUCUGGAGUUUUUGCACUGGUAACAAGUUUUUUAGAUCAAGCAGAAAAAGAGAGUCCUAAAGCUGCUGCUGUCAUGUUUCUGGGAGCUGCUAAGGAGAUAACACUUCAUAAAGACCCUGCUUUAAGCUGGCAGAACCUUGGUCAAAUUGGUUCAUUAAAGAUAGCUGUCCCUUGUCUGUUGCAAAGGAUCACAACACAACUUCAGAGGAUGCUGGUGCUGUGUGACUUUCCAAAAAGUUUGUAUGAAAAGUUUAUUCUUUUUUUUCAGUCCAUCUCGCUUCCAUGUCACUGUUUUGGCUUCUCAAAUAGCUUGAAUGUUGUGCCAUGGGACCAUGUAUUACUGACCACCGUUUUAAAAGGCCAGAACGUCACUGGUCAAAGAACUCAGAAAGGAAGGAAAAUAUUUCUGUGGGAAGCAUUCCCUGUUAUAGAGGCUCGAGUGGAGAAAUUGGUAGACCAAAAUAACUAUAAAGAAGUUGUUCGCUACCUGAAAGCUGUGAAAUGCAAUGAUAGCAGAGGGUUAAGACACCUUCAAGAUAAAAUCCCAUUCUAUUUCUGUAAAAUUGGAGACUUCCUCAAUGCCGCGUGUUCGCUGUUGUACCCCAUCAGUGGCCUCACCUGCUGUACUGCCUGCCGGAUAACGCCUUUACAGUUUGAGGUCUACCUGAAGAUGUUCAGAACAGGCAGCGUCCCCGCUGGAAAGGAUAUGCUAGACUCUGGGCCCUGGGUUACAGCUGGGCCGCCUUUGAAAGAUGCUGCUCUAAUUAAGCAUGCGCUCAAACUCCUUUACUGCAGUGUGUCACUAUACAGGAAUCCAAAAUGCUGGAGUUCCUUCAUUAUGGUCUUGGGUAGCAGCAGUUUGCUGGAAAGAAGUGGGCACCUACAUCCCCUGUCCCUGAAAGAGCCACCACUUGACUUCCAAAAGCGGGUGCUUGCUGCCACUGGUGGCCUUUUGGAGGAACUGAAGGCAAAAAUUAAUGUUUCUUUACCAUCUGCAAUUUUCUCUCCUCAUUUGCAACAUGAGGCUUGUCUCAUUCUCGCAGUACAAGCAGUACAACAGAUGCUUUUUUGUGAUCUUCCAUACUUGAAUUCCUUCUUAGAGAUAGCCCUGGCUUUUGGGAAUAACUUUUGGGCUCUGAGGCUCUUAUUGGAGCAUCUUUCCUAUGAAGAAAAUAUUCUCCAGGGCACUGUCAACCUGAUUUUGAGAGAUCUAGAUUGUCAGAAAGCAACAAUAUUAAAACUGUGGCAAAACCUUGGUCCCCAGUACGUGGGUGAAUUCCUUUGCCUGUUCUUGACCUGCAGACAUAAAAAGAUGCAAUCCAUUGGCCUGUUCGCUCUGAAUAUUAUUACAGAGAAUCUGAAUACGUGUCCAUGGGCAAAGCAUCUUGGCAACAUCUUUGACAAUGCAGGAUUAAAGCACCUGCCUCUUGGCACCACAGCUCAUCAUGAAGUCUCAAAGUUCAUAAACAUUUGUGAAAAACUGUAAUUUGGCAAAAUCUUCAGGAAUAUUUUCCAGUUUGUCUUAAUCUCAGAAGUCUUGCUGGAGUCCCUUGUGUUCUCCUUUAGUUGUCACCUCCAAAAGCAUUCAGCUAAAAACUGACUUCAGAGAAAUCCAAAAUGAGAUCCUAGGUUAAGAUGGUGAACAGUGGCUGUAUUUCAACAUACACAUUGUGGAGAUUUCCUUUCUUGUAGGUCUGUUUAUACCUUGUUUUCUUCUUAAAAAAACUGGUCUACAGAGAGACGCUGAUUGGAGGGGAAAGGAGGAGAGAGAAACACGGAUGAAGUAAAAAAACCACAGCAAGUCUUUACUUCUGUUGUGUUGCACAGAUGUGCUGUGGGUAAGAUGUCUGCAGCAGAACAGCUGCUGAGAGAGAGGAAGUUUUAAAAAAAUUAAAACUGCCCCCCACAGAUGUACAACAAUUACAUUAAAAUGCUGUUUGCACGCCCUUUUUUUGGUGUGUAAUCAUAAAAAGUAAACCUCUCCUGGGGCUGAAGGACAUUAACGGAAUUUUUCUUACUUGCUUCAGUAAACCAGAUUUGGGAAGCCCCAAUGCAGUAAAUGGCUUGUUUGUUUGUUUGUUUUUUAAAGAAGCUAGUUUUCAGCAUUUUCCUGUUGUGGGGCGUUGUUUUUACUUUCUGCAAUAUGUGACUGUUAAGACUGGUGCUGAUGGCCUUCUGGGUUUCUCAAAAAUCCUUGUUACAGUGGUAAGUUUAAGAGUUAACUUUUGAAAUGUGGGGGGAGAAACAGGAAUAUUUCUAGCCUCUUUUCUUACUCUGCCCUGCUGUGAUACGUUGGUUUGGCAGGAGGGGGUGGGGGCAGGAAUCAUUAUUGACUGUAUUUUGCACAUUUAAGGCUUUCAGUGGCUUUUGCAGCUUUUGUUAUUCUAAAUAAGCUACACUGUUGUUCAGGUUUUCUACAAAAAUGUUCAUGUAUCUAAAUCGAUACAAUUUUAGAUAAAGCCCUAUAGAAAUACUGUA